AUGCGGCAGAAAAGGAACUAUGGAAAGGCUGCGUUUAAUUCCCUAUCCUGUGGCCAGAGUGACAGUGGAAAGCCCCAAGCGUGCCUUCUCUCCCCCGCCACAGCCGUGCAGAAAGCGCCUAGCAAAGCUUUCCCGCUGGUACAGAGGCGUUUCUUGGGAAAUGAUGUACGCGGACCUGACUUUGAUCCCUUAAUUCUCCAGUCCUGGAAGCUGGAGCCACAUGUGAACGUCGUCUGCAAAGGGUUUUGUCGGCCCCUGUAUUCCUACGGCGAACUGAAGCAGUUUAGUGAGAGCUUGCGUCUGCUGCUGUUUGUGGGAGGUUCUGCUCUGGUAGCUGCGGACAUGCUGUUUGUACACCCGACGCAAUCGGCUUACUGGCGCCUCUUUUCUCCUUUGCGGUGGCCGGCCCUCAUGUUUUCGCCAUUCCAAGGCCCUAAGAACACAAAAGGAGUCUUUGAUUUUGAAGAAGAGGGCUGCAUCAAAGGAGCGGACGGCACUGUAAAGACAGCAGCGUAUGCUACAUUCGGCAAAGUGCUCUAA